AACCCAGAACCCUCAAAUCCACGCGUCACAUACCCAAAUUCACUUCACCUCCUUCUUCAACCCCUUUAAAGUUUAAACCCUCCCGACUCCAAACAGUAACCGCAAAACGACAUCGCGAAAUGCAUCGUUUCAAAUCUAUUGCCCGGAGCUACCACUCGCUCAACAAUAACGCCAUUGGACCCCUUGUAUCCAUCUUAAAAUCCCGGUCUGUUAUCCGGUUCAGUGGCCCGGACACGCUCAAGUUCCUUCAGGGUCUGUUAACCAACGAUGUACAAAGAUUCGGUGAACCACCCGGCGAGAGGAUCUCAUCCCUGCCGACUCCCAAUUUGCCUACUGUCUCCGCGUCGCCCAUGUACGCUGCGCUUUUGACUCCUCAAGGAAGAUUUUUGUACGAUUUAUUUUUGUAUAGACCGACGCGAGCUAGUGAGAAGCUUGAUAGUAAAGGAUUCGGACCCGGGUCGGACACCAGUGGGUCUGUUGAGCUGUUGGCGGAUGUGGAUACUUCGGUUCUUGAUGAGCUAUUGCAGACUUUUAGAAGAUACCGUUUGAGGUCAAAGGUUGAGAUUGACAAUGUGGCAGAAGAAUUCUCUUGCUGGCAGCGCUACGGUGGAAAGCUUGCUGAAAAAUCACGAGUUGCAGAAGAACCAGAGGCAGCUAGUGUUGGCUGGGGUUCUAGCGUUGAUCCUACUGCACAGUCAGCUGCACAUGGGGAUCGUAAUGGAUGGCAAUGGUUUAAAGACCCUAGAUUGGAAUGUCUUGGCUUCCGCGGUGUCUUUCCAUCCAAUAAGAUGCCACCGUUGGUUGAGGCUGACAAAGAAACAGAUGAAGAAAAUUAUCUUUUAUGGAGAAUUGAGAAUGGAGUUGCUGAAGGAUCAACUGAGAUUCCAAAAGGUGAAGCAAUUCCACUUGAAUACAAUUUUGUCGGUCUGAAUGCUAUAAGCUUUGACAAAGGAUGCUAUGUGGGUCAAGAGCUUAUUGCUCGCACCCACCACAGGGGGGUCAUUCGCAAACGUUUGCUUCCUUUAAGGUUUCUGGAUGAUAGUGGGAAAGAAGUAGAGCAGAAAGUUGCUCCUGGUUCAGAAGUGAUUGAAGCUGUAUCUGGCAAGAAGGUUGGCCCUGUGACAACUGCACUUGGUUGUCGAGGGCUAGGUCUUUUGCGGUUGGAGGAAGCAUUUAAAAUUUCAGGUUCUUUGAUAAUACAAGGACAGGAGGAUGUGAAGGUUGAGGCUAUUAGACCAAAAUGGUGGCCAGCUGAAUGGUUUCCAGAGCAUAAACGGUAUAGUGCAGUUGCUUAAUAGUUUUUUCUUAGAACGGUUGCUUAACUUGGAACUAGAAUGGAUCAUAUUCCUUGACUUGAUCAAUCAUGCAAAUUGUGGGAUUCUUCGCUGGCACGAACCCCGCAUGGUUAAAAGCUUUGUAGCAUGUUUCAUGCUUAUUCAUGUGAAAGAAAGUAAAAAGUAGGAUGUUAAGCAUAUGUUGUAAGAAUCCCAUACAUUCAUUCAUACCACAAGUUGUUUCAAGAUUUAUUUUCGCAAUAUGCAAGCCAAUAUUGUUGGUCUGGAUGGAAUGUCUAUGAUUUUGGCAGGAAUGAAUUUUGUCGAGUGGAAACGGGCA